AUGGCCAGGCGCCCGCGGAGCAGCAGAGCGUGGCAUUUUGUCUUGAGCGCAGCCCGCCGGGAUGCGGAUGCCCGGGCUGUCGCUCUGGCAGGGACUGCCAACUGGGGCUACGACUCUGAUGGGCAGCACAGCGACUCAGACUCUGACCCCGAGUGCACGUCCCUGCCGUCAUCAAUCCCCAGCGCCGUGCCGGUGACUGGAGAGUCCUUCUGCGACUGUGACAGCCAGAGCGAGGCCUUCUGCGGCAGCCUGCACACUGCCCACCGGGGCCGGGACUGCCGCUGCGGCGAGGAGGACGAGUAUUUCGACUGGGUCUGGGAUGACCUAAACAAGUCCUCGGCCACCCUGCUGAGCUGUGACAACCGGAAGGUCAGCUUCCACAUGGAGUACAGCUGCGGCACGGCAGCCAUCCGGGGCACCAAGGAGCUGGGGGAGGGCCAGCACUUCUGGGAGAUCAAGAUGACGUCGCCCGUCUACGGCACAGACAUGAUGGUGGGCAUCGGGACGUCAGAUGUGGACCUGGACAAGUACCACCACACGUUCUGCAGCCUGCUCGGCCGGGACGAGGACAGCUGGGGCCUCUCCUACACAGGUGCGUGGGGCCCAGGCGGGCGGGCUGGGGCCCCCCAGGCUGCAGGUCUCACCCCAACCCUGCUGCCCCCAGGCCUCCUCCACCACAAGGGUGACAAGACGAGCUUCUCCUCGAGGUUCGGCCAGGGCUCCAUCAUCGGUGUGCACCUGGACACCUGGCACGGGACACUGACCUUUUUCAAGAACAGGAAGUGCAUAGGCGUGGCGGCCACACAGCUGCAGAACAAGAGGUUCUACCCGAUGGUGUGCUCCACGGCAGCCAAGAGCAGCAUGAAGGUGAUCCGCUCCUGCGCCAGCGUCACGUCCCUGCAGUACCUGUGCUGCUACCGCCUGCGCCAGCUGCGGCCCGGCUCCGGGGACACGCUCGAGGGCCUGCCCCUGCCGCCCGGUCUCAAGCAGGUGCUGCACCACAAGCUGGGCUGGGUCCUCAGCAUGAGUCGCCAGCCUCCUGCACCCUCGCCUGCGGCCAGCGGCCCUGAGCCCCGGCACUGCCAGCGGAAGCGCUGCCGAAGGACCUAG